AUGGCUCAGCUGCAGCUGCACCCUCAGUUCUGGUCCCUGGCUUCCCCUGUGAUCGGCGAGGACAAUGUGGCGGUGCCCUCCCACCUCUGCACGGUGAUCCUGGUGCGCAGAAGCCCGGAGUCUCCUGAGCCCCUGGCAUUAGGCUUCAUGGUGCCCAGCGAGGCCAUUGGCUUCCAGCCCCAAUUAAGUGAGCUCCAGGUGAGCCUGCAGGAGCUGGAGAAGUUGUCAGGACUGGUGUUUUUCCCUCAUCUAGAUGGAAAUAGUGACAUCAGGAACAUCUGCUCGGUGGACACCUGUAAGCUCCUGGGUUUCAGGAAGUUCACUCUGAGCACAAGAAAGAUUCAGGGAGCCCGAUCGGUACUCAGACUGGAAAAUCCUUUCAUGGAAAAUUUGCAGAACGCAGGCAUUGAACCCAAUGAGGACUUCAUGACUCACUGCAAGAAGAAGCUGGAAGAACUCAAAGUUCAGAGUAGUCAGGAGUCCUGGAAAGAAAGCCCUCGUAGUUCACCUCUCAGAAGUGUGUGA